AUGAAGACCUUCUCUCUGUCUAUCGCUGCCCUCCUGGCUACGGCCAGCAUGGUGGCCGCUGAUGUCUCCGUCGGCCAGUGCGCGCAAAUGUGCAUCACCAACAUGGACAACAAGGCCUCCGAACUGGGCUGCCCCAAGAACGACCACAAGUGCCUCUGCGAGAAGGAGAACUACCGCUUCGGUGUCCGCGACUGCACCUCCCAGGCCUGCCCUGAUGAGGACAGCUCCGCCGUCGUCAACAUUGCCCUGAAGACUUGCCCCAAGGGCUCCACCUCCAACCCCAACGGCAACGGCGACGACUCCAGCUCUGGCUCCGGCUCUGGAAAGGGCGACGACUCCGACUCCAGCUCUUCUGCCAGCGGCAGCGAGAGCACUGGCGGCGCUGGCGGCGCAGGUGGCUCGGAUUCUUCCACUACUCGCUCGGGCUCUGGCUCCGACUCCGAGUCCACUGGCUCUUCCAAGUCUACCGGCUCUGAUGCCAACGGCUCCGGUACCGCCUCCGCUACUGCCACUAGCACCGGUGCUGACAGCAGCUCCACCGCCUCCAAGUCCAACUCCGCCUCCCCCUCCAGCACCGGCGGCUCCGACGGCAAGGGCGACGACAACGGUGAUGGCAACGGCAGCGGCAACGGCGGCGACAGCGGCAGUGGCAGUGGCAGCGGCUCCGGCUCCGACGAGGGCAGCGGCUCGUCUUCCAGCUCUGCGCCCUCGUCCGAGGCGACCAACGACUCGGCUGCCGGCACCAUCGCCAUCGCCAACGGCGCUCUGGGCGCCGCCGGCCUGGCUGCCCUUUUCAUGCUCUAA